CGCCGCAAAUACAGUAGAACUUAAUCCCCUGGGGCCCGCCGCACUGAAAGUCUUCUUCUCCGGUCCUCCGCCGCCCUCGAACUCGAAGCCUCGACGCUCCCGCUCCCGCUCCCGACGCCGGCACAACGCAACAGCCAGAAAUCUGCAACCCAUACCCGCGUCCGCGCAGGCACCCCGAGCCCCAAAGGUCUCGCCUCGCCCUCCGUACCCCAGAAGAAAGAUCAACUCCCCACAGAUCGUGGAUCUCCCCGCCGCCGGAGAACACGAGAAGAUUCCCUCGGAGGGCUUUCUCCCUAUUGAAUCUCAAGUUUUCUUUAGAAUGGAGACAUCUUUGGAUAUGUCACUGGAUGAUAUGAUUAAGAACAGAAGUGGGAGGGGAAGAGGAAGAACAGGGGUAAGGGGCCAGAGAGGUGGCCGAGGCAGAGGCGAUGGCCAAAAUUUAGGCAGAGGUGAUGGCCAAAGGCUAGGCCGUGGUUUUGGGCGUGGACGUGGUGCUGGCACCUUUCGUGGAAGGGGACUACGGGUACCUGCACAAAGGCCACUUGGUGUUAACACUCGGUCGUCUUCAUAUGCUAUUGCCAAGUCAUUCAACAAAACCAAGGAUUUUGCAUGGACACAUGAUCGGUUCGAGGAUAGCAUGGUGGCUGCUGGCCUUUCCGGAAUAGAAUCUGGUACAAAGCUAUAUAUUUCAAACUUGCACUAUGGAGUGACAAAAGAAGAUUUACAGGAACUUUUUUCUGAAAUGGGUCAUUUGAAGCACUGUGCUGUUCAUUAUGACAACAAUAGACGCCCAACUGGUUCAGCUGAGGUGAUAUUCACUAGGAGGAGUGAAGCUGUUCAAGCACUGAAGCGAUAUAAUAACGUGCGCCUUGAUGGAAAGGAAAUGAAGAUCGAAGUGAUAGGAGCAAAUUUGGGUUUGGCUGCUGUUUCGGCACCCCGUGUUAAUGUUAUUCCUGGUGUGAAGGGCAGAGGACAGAGAGAAGUUGUAAUGAUGCCUCGUACAAGUGCAUUUGGUCGAGGUGCAGCUGACUCAUCUAAUUUCCUUCCUGGGUGGAAGCGCAACAGUUUUGCUCAGAGAGGAGGACAAGCCCGUGGUCGUGGGCGUGGGCGUGGGCGUGGGCGUGGGCUUGGGCGUGGCAUCGGGCGGGGUCACGGACGUGGCGUCUAUGUGCGGAAGGGGCCUUCGGAGAAAUCAGCUGAACAAUUGGACAAGGAGCUGGACACCUAUCAUUCAGGAGCAAUGAAUGUUGACUAAGAUGCUGCAUCUAAUCCGUUGAAGUUUCUACUCGGCUGAGGCUUGGAAUUGGAGCUUGGUUUGUGUUUGGUUUUGCUGCCGUGUGUACCAUUGGUCUUCUCCCAGCUGUGGUCAACUUAAUGAUUGUAGAUACAGUCGUAGUUCUAAUUUAGCAGUGACAUAAUAAGUGGCGGUAACUGCUUGAUCAACAAUGUUCUCAGCGGUGGCCGUUCCCUUUGGUAUCAUUUCUACCUAUAAUCUAUUCAUAAUUUUAUUGGAUUCGUUUUUUGUUAGAAAAUUUUAUUGGAUCCACUCUGCAAAA